GGGUCAUUUGUUCACUUGCUCGGCGCAUCCUGUCGAGCUCGUUGUUGUUGCCGUCAUCAUUUAGAUUUGGAAAUCGAGUAUGGACGUGCUCGCGACUACACGUGCCAGGUUCAAGCCUUUGCUGAAGGGGCCCUGGCUAGAUGGCAUCAUCACAAUGACUGCCAAUUAUGUAAGCUGGGUGCCUAAUGAUCCAGCUGCGGCACAGACGCUGAAUGUGAACUUUGAGACAAUAAAAGCUCAUCAUUUCAGUAGUGCGACUUCAAAGAAGGCUCUGCUGAAGCUUGGUACCAGCACAGACCCAAAAAGCACUAGCCCCUAUACCGCYGAGCAGCAAGAAAAGAUGGCCGCCUUAGCCAAAGAGAAUAAGGAGAGGAAAGAGAGUGAGAAGCAGGCGAAGCUAAAGGCUAUCGCAGACGAGCGGGCGACGAAGCUGAAGGAAGUGGAGGAGGAGAUGAAAAAGAAGGAGAAGGCUGCUGAAGAAGAAGCGGCAGCAGAAGAGGCAAAAGAAAUGAUGAGGAUUGAAAGCGGAGAAGGAAGUAGUGGCACGAAGAAGGACACAGACGCGGAGAUUGAAAAGAAGAUCAGCGAGUGGGAUGCUAACUUAUCGUUGGGGGAAGACGAAGAGGCGGAGUCAUACGUGAUUGAGGAUGAGAAGGCCGCAUUGGCCGCUGAGCUCCCUAUGGAGCGAAGAGAGCGGGAAGACGAGCAAAAGUUGCAGUGGAAGCUGAGGAUGAAGAGGGAGAAGAGGAGGAUGAGAGAAGAGGUGAACAAGAUGACCGCAACAGUGGCAAAAGUGCAGGAGUGUAGAGCGGAGGUAUUGGCCCAGCCAGAUGGUAAGGCCAAAUGGGACAAAGUACUGGGCUACCUAGAAGUGUUGAGUAAGGCCUGGAUGGAGGAGCGCCAGGCUAGUUGGAGUCAGGAUGUAGCGUUGAGUGCCAUGCGGUCAGGAUUUAGAGAGUUUGCACGCGAGAUCGUCACCCACAUUGGGGGCGAAGUGAAACAGUUGAGGGACAACGUAGGGAAGUACUGCGAAGGYGCCAUUGAGGGUGCCAAAGCCAUAGCUGCUGCAGAGGGCGAAGGUAGACCCCGCAAAGAGCCUGUAAAGCUCAAGUUUCCAGACGCGUACGGGGGUGUGGCAAAAGAAUUAAAGGAGAGGAUGCCAUCCUGGGCCAAAAUGAAGAAGGAGAGUAAAGGACAACUGAUUUUGGUAGAUGUAGAGGUGUUUAGGAGUAGGGUAGGGGCCCUUAUAGACUCAGGGGCUACCCGUAGUUAUAUCAGCCAUAGGGCGCUGAAGAAGCUGAGGCUAGGACUAAAGGUCCAGAAGUUAAUAGACCGUAUAGUCAGUGUUCUCGCAGACAACCGCACGAUGCGUGUUGAGGACUAUGUAGAGGGAAUCCAGGCGUACUUUCGCCUAAAGAAGGAUGGGAAGGUGGAGAAAGUUCUCCAUUCCCUGACUCUCCUCGUACAAGAUGACCUUCCUUUCGAUGUAGUGUUAGGAAUGGAUUGGGGAGAGGCAGCAGGGGCCACACUCCAUCUGAGAGAGCACGAGUGUAGGCUCCCUAGUCCGUCAGGCGAAGUGAAGACUGCUCGCCUGUUCCAUGCGUCCGGUGUAGAUAACACCUUGGUGCAUUGCUGUCUCAGUGCUCCCGCGUUCGCGCGAUUAGUAAGAAAGGAGCAGUUAGAGGAACAGGUCUUUGUGGUGUGUGUUAGACCUGUCACUGAGGGCCAGGAAAAGGAUAGUUCCACAGAUCCAACAAUUGCCAAGCUGCCGGAAGAGUUCAAAGAUUUGACUGAGUCGCCGACAGGAGUAGUGUGGCGACUCAUCCAGCACAGGAUAGAGAUAGAGCCUGGCAGUAGAACUCCUAAGGGUGCGGUCUACAGGAUGUCCCCUAAAGAGUUAGAGGAGCUUCGCAAACAGUUAGACGAACUCCUUGAGAAGGGUUGGAUCAGGCCCAGUUCGUCUCCUUUUGGAGCACCAGUUUUGUUUGUCCCCAAGAAGGAAGGAGAACUUCGUAUGUGUAUAGACUAUAGAGGGUUGAAUGCGAUCACAGUGAAGAAUGCUGAGCCGCUGCCCAGAAUAGACGAUCUUCUAGAUCGGGUGCAGGGUUGUAAGUAUUUCUCUAAGAUAGACUUAAAGUCCGGAUACCAUCAGUUAGAGGUUCAUUCUGAUGAUCAGUACAAGACUGCGUUCCGGACUAGAUACGGGCACUAUGAGUUCAUAGUGAUGCCCUUUGGACUAGCCAACGCGCCAACUACCUUCCAGCGUUGUAUGAAUGACCUGUUCAGACCAUGGUUAGAUAAGUUCGUAGUAGUUUAUCUAGAUGACAUCAUAGUUUUUAGCAAGACCCUUCAGGAGCAUCAGGGUCAUCUGAGGCAGGUCUUGGGGAAGCUUAGAGAGGCUAACUUCAAGAUCAACGCGAAGAAGUGCGAGUUGGCCAAGACACAAGUCGUGUACUUGGGCCGCGUAUUAGACGGAGAUGGCAUCAAGCCAGAGGACAGCAAGAUAGCGGCGAUUAGAGAUUGGCCGACGCCCCGCACAUUGACAAAAUUGCGGUCGUUCCUAGGCCUAGCUAACUACUACAGAGGGUUCGUGAGGAACUUCUCCACUAUCGCCGCUCCCUUGCGCAGGUUGUUGAAGAAAGAGACAAUCUGGCAAUGGGAUAAAGACUGUACGUCGGCGCUCAAGAAGUUAAAGCGCACGUUAAUAGAGUAUCCUGUCCUCAAGGUUGCAGAUCCGUCCUUGCCAUUUGUCGUCACCACGGACACGAGUCAGUAUGGGAUAGGCGCCGUGUUGCAACAAGAUGACCGCAAUGGCUAUAGACCCGUGUUGGUAGUUACAUUUGCUAACUGGGAGGCCCUGCUGUACAAUUCAGGGAGGCUGCUUGCAAAAAGACGUCAGGCUGGAGGAGGAGCCAAUUUGGGUGCUGCAGCGGCAGGCACCGGAGUGCCGCGAACAGCAGCAGCUGCCCCUAUGGAGUCCAUAAACAUGAAGGAGGUGGAACAAAGAGCAAGAAUUCUUGGUUCUGACCGGGAGCUGGCCAACCUCCAUGCGCAACUGGUCACCACUGGGACACUGACCGAGGCCGAAUUCUGGCAGACGAGGAAGCAUCUCCUGGAAGGCAAUGUGACCGGGCAAAUCCAGCAGAGGAGGGGGCUACCAAGUGCCAUGCUUGCAGAUGUUCGCCCUAGCACGGAUGGAAAGAGUAACACUAUCUCCUUCAGCCUUACAGCAGAGAUCAUCCACCAGAUUUUUGCAGAAAAACCUGCAGUUCACAAGGCAUAUUUGGCAAAUGUCCCUGACAAGAUGAGUGAAAAGGAUUUUUGGACGAAGUAUUGUCGGGCGGAGUACUUUCAUCGUACACGCACUGCUGCACAACAUGCGGCUAACGAAGACGAAGAUGGUGGUUUGUUUGAAGGCGAUCAGGAGAUGAUCUCUGAAGAAGCAAAGCGGAAGCUUAAAAAGGUUGAUCCAACGGUGAAUGUGGUGGCAGACGAAGCAGAUGACUACAUGCACUCCCAGGGUCAUGGCAUCGAGAGAGAUGGGACAAAGGAAAUUCCUGAGAUUCGUGAGAAGAAAUCGAGUCGAACCAUUGUCCACCAACUCAAUCGUCAUUCAUCCGUCGUUUUGGAAGGCCGGCCUUCAGUCCAGCAUUGAGGGCUAUUGGCUUAGACUCCCUUUCUGCAACAGUGGGCAUCAAGCUCUUGAAAC